AUGGAGAAGCAAUUGGAGGAGCUGAGGCAGCAGCUGGAGAAGCAAUGUCUCAUCAACCAAGAGCUGCAGAGGCAAAAUAAAGACUUGGAGCAACGUCUGCAGGAGAAAGAGAAACUUCUCCAGGAGCUGCAUAGUCAAUACCACGACCUCGAAUUUCCGCCACCGAGCGGCACCCAGAAUGACACCGAGUUCAGGAAGAGUCGAGCGGCCGUCAUCGCGUCGGAACCCAUUCCGGAAACGUUGGACAUCAGCACGUCCAGAGUCAAGAAAACCAGCAGCGAGACCAGCCUGAUUGUGAAAUCAAUCCAGAAGAACGACUUUCUUAGCCGCCUUGAUGAUGAGCAAAUUGCCAUGAUGGUAGACCUCCUGGAGACGCUUCACAUUAGCCACGGCGGCGAGGUCAUCAAAGAAGGCUCGGAAGGGGACAGCAUGUACAUCGUGGCAGCCGGCGAGCUUCUCGUCACGCAAGCCGGUCGCGACCUCCGAACCCUGGCUAGCGGCGACGUCUUUGGCGAGUUGGCUAUUUUGUACAACUGCAAGCGAACAGCUACGGUGAAAGCUAAGACGGAGGUGCGGCUUUGGUGUAUGGAGAGGCAAACGUACAGGACCAUCAUCACCAACAAGUCCAAGAAGAAACGAGAGCAGCUUCUUGGAUUUUUGAAGACGUCUCGGACUUUGAAGGACCUAAAUGAUGUCCAGUUGUCCAAAAUUAUUGACUCCAUGGAGGAGGUCAAAUACCAAAACAAAGACGUCAUCGUCCGUGAAGGAGCCGAAGCAAACACCUUCUACAUUAUCCUUAAAGGAGAGGUGUUGGUGACAAAGAACGUAAAUGGGCUUCAGAAGCCUAUUCGACGUAUGGGCAAGGGCGAGCAUUUCGGGGAACAGGCCCUCAUACGUGAGGUACUGAGAACAGCCACCUGCACAGCGGAUGGCCCUGUCACAUGCUUCUCAAUUGAUAAAGAAGUAUUCGAGGAGACGAUCCCCAUUGAGCACUUGGAGCUUUUUGAUGACUCCAAGAUGCUUCAAGAGGCGCGAGCGCCAGAAAAAGCCAGUCCCAGUUCCACUCUAAGAUUUAAGGACCUGGUACCGGUGUUGUACCAGGAAGGGCGCUACCAAGGGGACCCCGUCACCCUCGGAGUUGGAGGCUUCGGACGAGUUCAACUGAUGACCACGUUGAACCAUGGCAAGUAUUACGCCAUGAAGCGGGUCUGUAAGAAGCACAUUGUGGCCAAGAGACAAGAGGAGCACAUGUUGUUUGAGAAGAAAAUUCUUAAAGCCAUCCAGUGUGACUUUAUUGUCAGGCUUCACGGUGCCUUCAAAGACACCCGUUACAUCUACAUGGUGAUGGAAUUCUGUGGCGGCGGCGAGAUUUGGACCAAACUCAAAGAAGUAGGACGCUUCGACGAGCAGAUCGCCGUUUUCUGCACGGCGUGCGUGGUGGAGGCGUACGCGUAUCUUCAUAAGAAGAGCAUCAUGUACAGAGAUCUUAAGCCCGAGAACCUCAUGUUGGACGUGCGCGGUUAUGUCAAACUGGUGGAUUUUGGUUUUGCCCGAGAGUUGGUACGCGGCGAGAAGACGUACUCGUUUGUCGGAACGCCUGAAUAUAUGGCGCCCGAGAUUAUCAAGAAUCAAGGGCACGAUUUUGCUGUCGAUUUCUGGUCGCUUGGAAUUCUCAUCUACGAACUUCUGGUGGGAAGCCCGCCUUUUUCAAGCUCGGAACCUCAAAAAAUUUACGCCAAAAUCCUGGACGGGGUUCUCAACUAUCCUCCGUAUUUAAGCGAGGCGGCCAAAUCCAUCAUCAGUAAGCUGUGCAGACCGCGGCCUGGUCAGAGGUUAGGAAACACCAAAAAUGGCAUUAAAGAUGUACGACAUCACAGGUGGUUCAGUAACAUGAACUGGCACAAACUACGCAUGGCUCAGCUGGACGCGCCCACUGUCCGUCUCAUACGUAAGGGCCCAUCCUACAUCAAUUUCGAGCGCUUCCCUCAGGACCAAACAAAAGCGGAAGAGGAGUUCUCUGGUUGGGAUCGGGACUUUUAAACUGGAACAGUGAUGGC